UUUUAAUAUACUAUCGUUCUUGAAAGCCCUGCCUCUUGCCUCCGAGGAGUACAUGGAAUUGAAAAAUUCUAUUCAUUCAUGAAAGUCAAUUAGCAGGUUUAGUAUAUAUAGGCACCUUUUGCAGUCACUUGGUCAUAAUACUUCAUAUCAAUGGCUCCAAGUUUCAACGACUGUGAAUCGCUCUUCAACUUCGUUGUUAAAAAGGGCAAUGGCGUGAAAGGCAUGGUGGACAUGGGGCUAUCAGAGGUACCAGAUCCCUACAUUCAACCGCCACUAGAGCGAAUCGACAAGCAAACUGCACGCCUACACGCUCUGCCGCCCAUCGACUUGACCAAGCUUGACGGGGCUCAGCACGAGCAAGUGGUGGAAGAAAUUACCCGAGCUGCUAGCACUCUUGGGUUCUUCCAAGUGGUGAACCAUGGCGUGCCCGUUGAGUUGCUGGAGUCGCUUAAGGAAGCUGCUCACGCUUUCUUCGGCCAGUCGCCGGAAAAGAAGGCUGCUUAUUGCAAAGGCGUGAGUCCGAGCCCCUUGGUGAAAUAUGGAACGAGCUUUGUGCCUGAGAAGGAGAAAGCAUUGGAAUGGAAAGACUAUGUUAGUAUGAUUUAUACUAGUGACGCUGAAGCCCUUCAACAGUGGCCUCAAGGGUGCAAGGAAGUUGCACUCGAGUACUUAAGAACAUCAAUCAAGAUGGUGAGAAAACUACUUGAAGUUUUGUUUCAGAAUCUUGGAGUGACUCUUGAAGACUCCAAAAUCGAUGCUUUAAUUGGGACCAAGAUGGUGAACAUGAACUAUUAUCCUGCAUGCCCUAAUCCAGAGCUUACUGUUGGUGUGGGACGGCACUCAGAUCUUGGCAUCCUUACUGUUCUUCUUCAAGAUGGAAUCGGUGGUUUAUAUGUAAAAGUAGAAGAAGAUCUUGAUUCAGGAAGAAAAGGCCAAUGGGUUGAGAUUCCGCCAGUACCCGGUGCUUUAGUUAUCAAUGUUGGCGACUCUCUACAGAUAAUAAGCAAUGGCAGGUACAAAAGUGCUGAGCAUAGAGUAGGCACCACAAGCACCAAUUCAAGAGUGUCAAUCCCAAUCUUCACAAUGCCCAAACCAACAGAGAAGAUCGGGCCUCUGCCUCACCUUGUGGAGCAAGAGGGGACUUGUUUUAAAGAGCUUCUGUUCCAGGAUUACAUGAACAAUUUCUUCAGCAAUGCUCAUGAUGGGAAGAAGUCUCUUGAAUUUGCACUAGCCACCUCCCUCUAGCUAAUUCCAUUUAUAUGAUCAAUCAACCAUGCAUGCAUGUCCAAGAAGUUUCAUUUCUCUAUCUCUAUCUCUAUCUCAUAAUAUAAAAACCCUAAAUAAACGAAGAGCAAUGUUGCAUUGUAUACAUUCAAUACGAGUAUCCAAUUAGGUAU